CGGCGACCCGGAAGCCGCCCUGCGGCGGGCGGGAGGGACCUGCGCUUAGGAGGCGAGGCCGGACCGCACAGCUGUUGCCGGGACGAUGGCUGGGACAGCGCUGAAGAGGCUGAUGGCCGAGUACAAACAAUUAACACUGAAUCCUCCGGAAGGAAUUGUGGCAGGCCCCAUGAAUGAAGAGAACUUUUUUGAGUGGGAGGCGCUGAUCAUGGGCCCAGAAGAUACCUGCUUUGAGUUUGGGGUCUUUCCUGCCAUCCUGAGUUUCCCAUUGGAUUACCCAUUAAGUCCCCCAAAGAUGAGAUUUACCUGCGAGAUGUUUCAUCCCAACAUCUACCCUGAUGGCAGAGUCUGCAUUUCCAUCCUUCACGCUCCGGGCGACGACCCCAUGGGCUACGAGAGCAGUGCUGAGAGGUGGAGCCCCGUGCAGAGCGUGGAGAAGAUCCUGCUGUCGGUGGUGAGCAUGCUGGCAGAGCCCAACGAUGAGAGUGGCGCUAACGUGGAUGCUUCCAAGAUGUGGCGGGAUGACCGGGAGCAGUUCUGCAGGGUGGCCAGGCAGCUGGCGCAGAAGUCCCUGGGGCUCUGAGGCCUGCCCUCGUGCACACACACACAGGCGCCCAGCCGCGGCCGGCGUUUCUCUGCUGAACGCGUACUGACAGUGACACUCUGUGCUGGUACCAAAAAAGGCAAGCUUGCAGAACCACAGCAUCUGUGUUUUUCCCUACCUUUCCCGCUCCAGCAGGCUUCUCUUCUGGAAUUAUGAUGUAUGUAGGAUGAUGACAGCCGGAUGCAGUUUUACCAUAUGCCUGGCAGGGCGGUUCGGGGAGAUGGUGCGAGCCGUCCCCACCCCCUCUCCCGGCCGGAGCGCCCACCACACCGCGCAGUGGCUUUCCUUCUGUCGCGGUCGGCGGGGGGCAUGUGUGCCACACUCCAGGGGGCUCGAACCAGUACUGCUCCCUUGAAGAAGCAGGGCCUCACAGCCAGAGCAGAGGCUGGGUGGGACGGCUCUGUGGGCCCCAGGACAGGGACAUACCUUUGUUUCUGUGCUUUCUAGUGCUUCAUACGUGUUUCCUUAUCAUCU